AUGGUUCAAAACGUUUUGUUGCUAGGAUCUGGGUUUGUUGCCCAACCGGUUGUUGAUGUUCUAGCUGCAACUGAAGGCAUUAAUGUGACCGUUGCUUGUAGAACUUUGGCCAAAGCGCAGGAGCUGGCUUCUGCGUCGAAAUCUGCUGCUAUUUCUGUGGAUGUGUCCAAUGAUGAAGAACUAGAUGCAGCUUUGUCAAAGCACGAUCUUGUGAUUUCGUUGAUUCCAUACAUCUACCACGCCGCCGUGGUGAAGAGUGCCAUUAGACUCAAAAAAAACGUUGUGACCACUUCUUACGUCUCUCCAGCUUUGAAGGAGCUAGAACCUGAAAUCAAGAAGGCAGGCAUUACUGUUAUGAACGAAAUUGGAUUGGACCCAGGUAUCGACCAUUUGUACGCUAUCAAAACCAUCGACGAGGUCCACAGAGCCAACGGGAAAAUCAAGUCUUUCUUGUCAUACUGUGGUGGUUUGCCAGCUCCAGAAAAUUCAGACAAUCCUUUGGGUUACAAAUUCUCUUGGUCUUCUAGAGGUGUUCUUUUGGCCCUUAGAAACUCGGCCAAAUUCUGGAAAAAUGGCCAAGUCGAAGAGGUAUCUUCUGAAGAUUUGAUGGCUUCUGCGAAACCAUACUUCAUCUUCCCUGGUUUCGCUCUUGUUUGCUAUCCAAACAGAGACUCUACUCCUUUCAAAGAGCUGUACGAAAUUCCGGAAGCUGAGACCGUUAUCAGAGGUACAUUGAGAUUUCAAGGCUUCCCAGAAUUUGUCAAGGUUCUUGUAGACGUUGGUAUGCUCAAAGAUGAGCAAAACGAAAUUUUCGAAAAGCCAAUUGCCUGGAACGAAGCUCUACGCCAGUACUGGGGCAGCAAAUCCGCUUCCAAGGCGGAUCUGAUAGCUUCGAUCGACGCCAAGACCAAAUGGGUCACCGAGGAGGACAGGGAAAGAAUUCUCGACGGUUUCAACUGGUUGGGUCUCUUUUCCGAGAACCAGAUCACUCCAAAAGGCAACGCAUUGGAUACCCUAUGUGCCACACUAGAACAGCUCAUGCAAUUUGAAGAGGGCGAACGCGACAUGAUCAUCUUGCAGCACAAAUUCGGUAUCGAGUGGGCUGACGGUACUACCGAAACUAGAACUUCUACUUUGGUUUCCUACGGUCAACCAGGUGGCUACAGCGCUAUGGCUGCAACUGUCGGUCUACCAUGUGCCAUUGCCACCAAACAAGUUCUAAGCGGUGCCAUCAAGGGCCCUGGUCUUGUCGUUCCAUACACUCCUGAAGUCAACGACCCUAUCAUGAAGGAAUUGAAGGAGAAGUACGGCAUCUUCCUAACGGAAAAGACAAUCAACUAA